UUCCCGUUUCUUCUAUGAUCAAGCAAAGUAAAAGGGAGAAUGAGUCGCCAGGGCUGCACCUUCCUCGAAUCUCCAGCUCGAGUUUUUGAAUGGCCGAGGAUAGCCGCGUCCGUUCAGAUGUCGAGUCUGAGUCAUGUCAAUGGAGAACUGUCGGUUUUAUUGCAUGUAGCUCAAAAUUUGUUAAGUUUGGCGUCAGAUGGAAACCAACUCCAUUUGAUCACACGCGGCUCGAGCAAAUUGUCUCCCGCGAAUCCUCCCGCUGCCACCUGAAUUCAAGUGCGUGGUUGUACUGCUUAGACUGCAAAUUGGAGGGACAGGUAUUGUUCUGCGCCAUGUGCCACGCAGAACGAGUGAUGAAUGCACUUGCCUUUUCCGAUGGUGACAGACUUCGGGGAAAGUGCCUUGUCGUCAGGCCUUGGAAAGUAAGCUCGAGGGGCUAUGUACCAUAUGAGACGCUCAGAUGGGCAGGAGGAGAGUCUCCAUUUUGUCUAACUUACAGGUGGUUGGGACCACAACGGUGGCGGCCUCCAUGGAUCGGCCAGGUUCGCAACAGCGACUUUCUCUCUGAUGGAAUGCAAGGGUCACAACAGUGACAGAUACAAGGUUGGAGGAGAGGUCGCAACAACGACUGGGGUCACAACCGUGACGAAGAUAGAGCUCAGCUGGAUGGACAACAGUGCAAAGGGAAAACAAAGAAAAGGGA